UCCGCCCGCCUCGGCCUCCGCCGGGCUCCCCACCCCGCCCGCCCGCCCGCCGUCCUGCUGCUGCUGCUGCUGCGGGUGCCCGGCGGCGGCGGCAGCGGGGCCUGGAGCGAUGCGGCGCCGGCGAUGUCCGCGGAACACGAGAAGCAGCUGCAGGACCCCGGCGGUGGCGGCGGCGGCGGGGCGCUCAAGAGGCCUCCUCCUCCUCCUCCUCCUCCUCCUCGGGGUGGUGAUGGUGGAUUGGAUGGAUUAGGAGUCCCAGGAGUGCAGCUUGGGAGCCCCGAUAAGAAGAAGCGCAAGUCCAACGCUCAGGGGUCGCCUUUUCCUCCACCAUCUGAAUAUGCGCCACCGCUGAAUCCAAGCUCUGACCACCUCGUAGCUGCAAAUCCCUUUGACGACAACUAUCACACGCUUCCCUACAAGCCCUUGCCACCGGGAAAUCCGUAUUUUGCUAAUCCCAGCUACCCUGGCCUGGGCGGCUACAACACUUUCAGGAUGCCUCCUCACCUGCUUCCCAGAAUGUCCUCGCCAUAUGGUGCUACUUACCCACUCAGAAGCCAGCCGCACCCAUUUCCUCAGAAUCCGGUGGGGAUGGUCUUCAACCGGCCUCAAGCCAUGAACUUUGGGCCGCACGACAAUGUAGCUUUUGGGAACCAGCCACCCUACAGUGCAAAUGUGAAUCCAAAUAUCGGCAUGCCCAGCCCACACUUUAGAUCCAAUCCUGGGGAGAACUUUGGGCACAUUCCUUCCCAGAAUACGACUCAAAUGGUGCAUCAUGAGCUGCCGUUGCAUUUUGGGCCUGGCAACCAUCCCAAUUUUCUCAGCUCCCAGAUGGAACCCAGCCAUUCUUACGUCUCCCUGCCAAACAGCUACAACCAGGCCAAGCCUUCCCAGAAGCAAGGCGGAGCCAAGCCCACCCCCCCUCCCCCCCAGCACGGCACAGAGGACAUUGUCAGCUUGGGAAAUGCUGACGGAAAAGCCGGGGCUCAGAAGAUCCCAGCAAACCAAGAGAACAGCCCUUCGAAGAACGUGGAGAAUCUCAACAGCAGCCAUGCCAAUGGGACCCCGAACGAGCCCCACCUGCCCCGGGAGGGAGGCGGCUCGGAGAAGGCCGGCAAAACCCCUCUGCACCCCAGCCAGCACGGGCAUGCCUCCUCCGAGCCCGUCUACCCUUGCGGGAUCUGUACCCAUGAAGUGAAAGAUGACCAGGACGCCAUCUUGUGCGAAGCUUCUUGUCAAAAAUGGUUCCAUCGAGUCUGCACGGGCAUGACGGAGUCGGCGUACGGCUUGCUCACUGCAGAAGCCUCGGCUGUGUGGGGCUGUGACUCUUGUAUGGCUGACAAGGAUGUGCAGCUGAUGCGCACCAGAGACCCGGUUGUGCUGAACGCCGACGCGUGAGGCUCCCUCCCCCUCGUCUCCCCCGGAUGCGAAAACGCUGGUUGCCGGUGGGUUGGCGCCGCCGGUCAUCCACUCCAUUCCCAGCUGCGGGCUGUUGCCUGGCCUUCCCCUUCGCUCUCUCUUCCCUGCCCAAGUGCAUUAAGUUCUCGGCCGAAGAACUGCUAGGGGAUGCGGGCCUGGUGACGGCCAGCCAGUCUGGUCUGUCCCCGAGUGGAAAGUGCUGCUGGAGAUGGCCGAGGGGCCCUUCAUGAAGACGAGCUGCCCCAGCCCUGGGCUCGCUGGCGGUUGUUUAGCGGCCGCCCUCAGCCCUGUUCUCCCCUGCAGUCCCAAGGCAGACUCUGAAGUGACCAGAUGCGUGAGGACCAUCACUUGGUCCUCCCCGCGGAUUUCUCCUCCAUGCUCUGGAUGCCGGCUGUGAUUCUGAAAGUGCCCUAGACUGGAGGAGUCUGGGAUCGUCAUCCUGGGAGCAUUUCUCCUUGUUUCCUUCCCCGCUACUGCCCUGGAGGCAAGGCAGGGUUGGCCAGGAUAGCACCAUGGAGAGAUCCACGGGAAACCUUGAUCCAGCUCUGAAUGCUGCUCAGCCCAGCCCUGCCCUGCUGGGUCCCGCCUCCCUGCCUGGAGAGCAGCAGCCUGCAAGGGGCAGCCAGAAUGGGCCUCGGUGGGGGGGCUUCUUCCACUCUUGGGGGAAUCCUAGGCUGGGCUGGAAGGCGGUGGCUGAACCGGCCUCCCAGGGCCGCUCUGGGGAUCGGCAAGAGGAGAUCUGCCAAGUCCGUUGGACUCUGUGCUGGACACCCCCAGCCGAGACGCACAAGCAUCAGGCCUGCAGCGUAGCUGCCUAGUGCUCUCUCUCUCAUCCAGAUGCCUGAGAGAGUCGGUGUGGGGGGCAGCAGCCACACUCUGCAGGUGGUAACCGGGCAAAACUGGAAGCAAGGAACUAGCAGAUGCCUCCUUGCCCCCCCCCCCCGUGCCACUUUCCUGUGCUUUGUGAUGCAGUGCCAUUGUGGCUGGGGAUUGUGGCUGUCCAGCAACAUCUGGGGGCCCCGGCUGUGAGACUGCGUGAGGGAGGCUUAGCCAAGAAUAAGUUGUGGGGGGGUUCUCCCUCUCGCAUCACACUCGAACCAGGGGACAUCCCAUGAGACAUGAUUGCCAAGAGAUCUAGGACGGACAAAAGGAAGUACAUUUUCACACAACACAUAAUCAACCUGUGGAAUUCUCUGCCACAAGAUGUGGUGCCAGCCAACAGCUUGGACCUAGAUAAGAGAAGGGUCUAGAUAAAUUCAGGGAGGAGAGGGCUAUAGGCCGCCUCCAGCCUCAGAGGCUCGAUGCCUCUGAAUCCCAGUUGCAGGGGAGCAGCAGCAGGAGAGGAGGCGUGCCCUUGCCCCUUGGCUGGGGGCUUCUCAGAGGCAUCUGGUGGGCCACUGUGGGAAACAGGAUGCUGGACUGGAUGGGCCUGUUUGGGCCUGAUCCAGCAGGGCUGUCCGUACGUUCUUCAUAAGCAAGUAUAUAAACAAGUUCUAGCUGGUCCUGUGAGAUCUUGAGUGAUGGUGCACCCUUUCUUGGUUUUAGGAAGCCGGAGCUAGCUGGCCCAACGCCUCCCCCCCCCCGCCCGGUCCAGCUUGUAAUCCCCGGUCAAAAGAACUCCUUGGUUCAUAACUACCAAAAGUCAGAUAUGGGAGGGGGCCGCUUCCUCCUGUGGGCCCCCUUUCCCAGACUUCCUCUGGCUUUAAGGUUCUGCUUGGAAGCCGCGGGCCUUUGGGUCCCAGCAGUGAGUGCCCUGCUCUAGAGCCUUCCAGCAAAACCGCCGGACAUGUGCAGUCCAUCGCGGUGGGGGUUGUCUUCCCUGAAGAGCAGCGCCUGGGGGGGUCCUGGCGGGGGGUCUCCUGCCCAGGGGGUCAUCUUAGCUGUUGCACCACCACGGACGGCCCUCGGGAUGGAGGGAAGCAGCUGCCCGUCCCACAAAAGACAAAAGUGCCGCCUCUGGCUGGGUGGCUCGACUCUCGACGGAGUCAGGGCUGCGUGUGGGUCUCGGGUUCCGGUGCAGGAUGGCGCUUGCCGUGACUCGGGGCAGCCAGAGUCUGGUGGGAGCCAGGGAGCCUCCGGGGAGGUGGCUCUGCUGGGCCACAGCCUGGGGACUGGCUUGUCCUGGCGCAUCCUGCAGCAAGGAGCCGCCCCGCCCCGCCCCGCCCCUCCCUGGCCGCCCACUCCGGGCUCCCCUUGCAGCCGCCUGCCCCGCUUUUCCUGUGGCGCUUCCCCUCACGAGUCACAUGCGCAUUUUGUGAGCCGCCCCUUGGAGGAGCUCCUCGGGAUUGCGGGUUGGCCAGCUGGAGGCCUUUCCUCGCCCACCACAGCCGGGCACGGAGUGCUGCAUGUCGCCGCCGUGACGCCCGAGCGCUCCACUCCUGCUGCCCCUCUGGCUGGCCCGGCAGCUGUGCAGAGGUUCCAGGGGGGGUGUGUGUCUGCCUGCCACGGAAGGCAGCCCUACCGUGAGCGCCUGGGGGGGCCCUCUCAGGAGGCAGCCGCCUCAGCAACCCGGGGCUGGGGCCUUUCUCCCUUCUGCCUGUGGAGGUGGGCUUGAAGUGGCAGCAGGACAAUCUGUGUCAGCCGGAGAGGAGAGAGCAGAGCCGGCGUCUGCAGGGCCCCUGCCACCGACUCCUGGCAGCCCGGCCUCUUCUGCAGAACUGGCUCCGGAGCGCGCCCUGUGUGUGUGUGUGUGUGUGUGUGGCCACGCUGGCCCAGAUCCCAGCCGCCACUCCCCCCCCCCCCCCGCCCGAGGAGCUGUUCCUUUCCCAACCUGCAGCCAGCUGCUGGGAGCAAGAAGGCCUCAUUCUGACACCCCUCCCAGGAUGGAGACUGGGCUGGGGGACUGGCCGGAUUUGCACCACAGUUCAUCCCGGUGGCCUUGACUUGGGCCGGGGGUUAGCCGCGCCUUCUGAGCUGAGCGGAGGGUACCUCUGCAUCCCUCAGGCCGGUGAGCUGGAGGCGUCUUCGCUGCACAGGAGCUGCUGCUUCGGGGCCCCGCUGGCAGUCAUGGGAGAGCAGUAGCGGCCCGGCGGGGGGGGGGGGGUGCGCAUGCGUGCCAAAGAGGCCCCGCUGCUGCUGCUGCUGCUGCCGCCUCGGUUUCCCGGCAGCAGCUCAGAUGGCUCCGCUCUCUCCCACAGUGCCUGCAGGUUGGCCAUUGGUGCGGCCUGGGCAGGGAGGGAGGGAGAGGAGCCACCUGGGCUGGCCAUGCCGCCUUCUUGGGUCUCCCCCCCCGCCCCCGCCGGCUUAUGAGGAGUGGCUGCUGAUGAUUGGUUGCUCACUCACAGGGCUUGGGGUGGGUGGGUUGACCUGCCUGCAGCAAUGGCAGGAGAAAAGAUGCACUCAGCAGGCAGCAGCGAGGCCAGACCUGCUUGCUCAGAAAGUGCCUGGCAGACGCGGCGUCACUGGAAGGGACCAGGCCCCAGGCGCCCUCCUCCAGCCAGGGAGCCCUUGCAGCCCCCGCCGUGUGGGCCACAAGUAGCUGGGGCCAAGGGAAGCCACAAGGGGCUUGGGCCUGAGCCGGGGGGCGGGGGGGCGGGCCAGGGCCGCUCAGGGCACUGCUGCAGGGAGCGGUUCCUGGCACAGGACUGGCUUCCGCUUCUGCUGAGCACAUUGGCCCUCCGUGAGACCGGCCCUGCAGCCCUCGGGGCUCUUUGCUCCUGCCGCGGACCCGGGAGGGCCUGUCCGAGGGGUCUGUAGCUCCUGCCGCAGCUGCAGACCUUUCCCCGCCCCGGCCAGCUGCUAAGUGUGGGUCUCCAUUGGAGCCUCUCCCUCCUUCUGGCCAUGCAGCCGCCUUGGCUGGCCCCUCACGUGCCGCUCCUGAAGUGGUGGCUGCUGUGGGUGGACUGCAAGCAACAGGCCAGGCCCCUGAGCCCGGGGUCUUUGCCCCAAAGGAGGGCUUUCCGGGCGUGCCAUUUGCCGACGCCGCCCUGCCUGCUGCUUGCCCCUUGGCCUCCGCUUGCGGUGCCAGGCUCAGGGGUUGGUCCUCUGGAGGGGUCUGCUUGGCUGGCAUCCUGGGAUGCGCCGCGCACCCUGUGGCCUGUCUGCCGGCCAGUGGGGCUUUGGAUCGGGGUUCCCAAGAGGCACAUGGUGCUAGUGCCCCAGGGGGUCCUUGGAGGGCUCCCAGGGGGUGCUCGGAGCAGCCCUCCUGCCUCCCCCCACUGCGGCCGCUCUACCCGUUCCCCAUCUGAGGAUCGCCAGCUUGAAGCCUCAGCGGAAGGGGGGGAGGAGGGAGAAGACCCCCCUCGGCUGGACCGGCAGGCUGCAGAACUUUAGCUCGGGCUGCUGCCAUUGUGUUUAUUAUUCCAUCAGGCCGGCUUAUGAGUGACUCCGUGUGGAUGUGAGCAGCAGGGACGGGAGCAGCCUGUCUAAGUGUUCCACUUAAAUUUCUGCGUUUAUGUUACGGUUAUGAGACGGGCGACUCCAGUCACUGGCUCUCAUCCACAUGGAGUUACUCAUGAGCAGGCUUACUGAAAGUACCUGCUCAGCGUGACUGGUUCUACUGAUCCCAGAGGGAGUGCUCGUGAGUGGCAGUCUCAACGCAAGCUGCUGCUGCCUGGAGUCACCUAUAUCCAUUUGUGGGGGGCACACACUCAACACGACGUGCUCUGUGGGGUGAAGGUUUAUGACGAGAGAGUACCCUUGUUCAAACAGGCUGGGCUCCAGGCUGGAAUGGGCUUGUGUGGGCCGCUCUCGGCGGUGGAGGGUCCCUUGUUGCCCAGCUCCAGCAAGGAGUGACCUGGCCACAGCAGCCACCACGGGCCCAGGAGGCUGCUCUGGGGGGAGGAGGAGGCGGCCCCCAUCUGGCAGCCUGGGUUGCAAAGGGCCCCCAUUCUGGCUCCAACCCUCUGGGCGUUCAGGAGCAGCAUCGGGCCCCUGAUCCCAGGUAGGGCUAUGAUGAGAUCCUUUGAGAACUCUGUUUAAAAACCCACCAUUCCCCCUUAAUUGUUUCAGGCUUGUUAAUUAUGGGGGUGGGUGGGAAACACACUCUUUGUGUUUUACGAAGCCAGUGGUCUUCGGACUUGACACUUUCCCACUUUAUUUCAAAUUAAUAGUAAAUGUUAUUACUCCAUGCUUAACAAUACAUGUACCUCUAACUCUAUCCAGAAAUAUAGCCUUGCUUGUUAGUAAUGUGUUUGUAACCUUUUUAUACUUAGCUGGCCAUGUGUCUCUUCUGUUGCACGCAACUUAAUGACUGUUUCAUAUUAAAACUAGCCUUUCCUAAUGUACUGCUUACAUAUACCUGUCUUGGGAUAUCAGUUCAGUACUUUUAUACAAUCUCAAAUGUGUUCCACAUUGGUGACAUUUAUUUUUGCAAUGACUCUUAAGAACUAAUUAGAGCAUGUUUGAAAGAACACAUGCAUUAGUCCUGUGGUGUGCGGCAAAGUUCAUGUAUGUAAUUCAAAUUGGAAACGAGCUUCCAGACUUUGUCCUUUAUUAUUCCCUUAGUAAGAAAUGGAAAUUACUAUGUAAUACCAAUGAUUCCAUGUCAUGGUGUGUGUUCAGCUACACUAUGAAGAAUAGGAAAUCUGUUUAUGUCUCUGGAUCGCUAGCUGGGCUAAUGUGACAAACUGAGUUAUAGCAGGUGAUGAUAGCCACUGAAUAAACCAGAAUUUGUGUCCAGUGUAAAUGAUGAGUUAAAUGUUUCAAUGUACAAUGCUGAAAAAUGGGUGCCCAUAUGAUUGUAUUUUCCAAAUGGCAACCCUGUGUUCAUUUAUUUAAAGAUGUAAUAAUUUUGAAUUAAUGUUUUCAGGAUGUUCAUUUGGAGAGGAGGGAAAUGGUGUGAGAAGUUGAAUUUCAUUACUUAUCACAAAAUCUUUCAAUUUUGUUUAAAAAUUGAAGCCAGAGAGAAUUAAGUGCUUGCAAAGUGAAUUGAAUAAAGACUUGUCAAGUCACUUGGUAAAGGAGAA